AUGAAAUUGAGGGAUAUAGUAUGCAACAUUGGAACACAUAGAGCUAACUCUAACGCAAAAUUUUGGAAUAAUACUCCAAAACUCACAGCGACUGAGUUUAAAUAUUUCUCGCAAAAUUACAGUUCUAAGAAAGAGGAUAAAUCACAUAUGCUUAAAGAAUUGACUGCAGAGCUCAUGGAAGCUAAGGCUAGAAAGCAACAGAUUCAGAAUGGAUCCAGGGCCCUUGAAAAGGACUUUAUUGUCUCUGUCUUAAGUGCCUCAGUUACCAAAAGAGAAACUAAAUCUUAUUUACAACGCUUUUUACCAGCUGGAGGUAAAGAUAAAUCCUUCUUCCUCCCUGAAACACAUAAUCGGGAAUGGCAUAAAUUCAGCCUCAACAUGUCCCAAACGCCAAAUGCAGUGAAACAAAGUCCCAAAUUCGAACAUCAGCCAGCAUUAUCGAUUGAUGUCGAAAAAAGCACAGAGCUUCACGUCGCAUUAGUUAAAAUAAGGGCAAUUCAUACUGUUUGCGAUGACGUACUUGAUGGGAUUGGGAAGACCCUAUCUCAGCUCAGCAGACUAGGCUUAACAAGUAUUGUGGCCUUAGACUUUAACAGCGAAAAUGGACCUCCUUCGACACGUGAGAGGAGAAAUACCGACCAGAUACUGUUCGAAAUAGAGCAUGCUAACCGGCUUAUCUCGGCUUUUGAUAAAAUUGGAGAGACAAAAGCCCGGCUAAUUGAUAAUAUUAUUAGCAUUGGAGAGAAUCAAUCUGACGGAAUAGGGGCAAAAGUAGAAUUUCCUGAUUUAUUGAUGGCACCAAUAAAGCGAGGAAUUAUACCUGUCAUAUUGCCAAUAGGUUAUACAAAUGCAACCCACACUGCUCUUACAACAUCAGCCAGUGAUAUAAUCUUGGCUUUGACCAAACUACUUGUUAGAACCUCGACAAAUUCGAUGACUGAAGCAGACUCAACGGCUUCGAAGAAUGGAAUGUAUGAUUUGAGGGUCGAGACGUCAAUAGAUCGGCUUAUAAUUCUAGAUCCCUUGGGUGGCAUACCAGCAUCAAACAUAUCUGGAGGAUAUCAUGUAUUCCUUAAUAUGGAGCAAGAAUUUGAUUCAGCUAGGAAAAAUCUAUUACACGGAUUAAAUGUAUCAAAACAGAAGAUAAAUCUCGAUGCCGAAACAGCGGCAUUCAAGUUAUUUGAGACGGAUCAUUCUAGUCCCUUUAAAGGAUUUCAUGAAAGAGAGCUUGAACUUACAAAACAAUCCAUAACGACAACACGGAUUUUGGAAACAACAAAUUUCAAUCUCGAAAACCUGAUCCAUAUCGAGAAUCUUAGUCUUGCAAAGGCUGUUUUAUCCAAACUUCCACCAAGUUCCUCUGCUCUCCUCACGAGUCUCGAUGAUGCAGCGAAUUCAGCGAAGAACAUGGUCCUACAACCAACCCAAGUCGGUACAAGACGUCAACUCAAUCCACUAAUUCACAAUCUUCUCACUGAUAAACCUAUUUUCUCUUCUUCGCUCCCUGCUAGUCGUAGAGGAAAACUAUCUCCCUGCACAAGAAGUACCUCAAAUCUAGGCAACACAACACCCUCAACAUUCGUCAAGCAUGGUAUGCCAAUCGUUAUAUUCCCAAAGCUAAGUCAACCAACGCUCUCUCUAUCAUGUGGACAACCCAAACCAUCACUAACAAACCCUGAAAUUGACCUUGACCGUUUGAUUCAUCUAAUUGAGGAUUCAUUCGGCCGUACUCUGGAUGUCCCCUCCUAUUUAUCCCGCAUUAAUUCCUGUCUAGCAGGCGUUAUUAUUGCCGGCUCAUAUGAGGGUUGCGCUAUACUUACCUGGGAGACUCCGCCAGGUAUCGAUCCAUCUGAUGUGAGCCGCAAAGUACCAUACAUUGACAAAUUUGCUGUUCUUAAACGCUCUCAGGGAGUGGGAGGAGUCGCUGAUUUGAUAUUUAAAGCAAUAGUCCGAGACUGCCUUCCUUCUGGUGUCGCCUGGCGAAGUCGCUCGGAAAAUAUGGUCAAUAAAUGGUACUUUGAGCGCAGUCGAGGCAGCUGGCGUCUACCUGAUACUGGGUGGACUAUGUUCUGGACAACACCAGAAGUAACUUCUGAUAAACAUAUUUUUUUAGAUUAUGAGGCUGUGUGCAGAGGUAUUCCCAGUAGUUGGAGUAAGUAG